GACGACAUGUUUCAGAGCAACGCAUUCAGUAAGAAUGGAGUAAAGCCAAGGGAAGCAGACGUCGGCAAGCUCAGUUAUCUACCAGCCACUUGCACAAUGGAGAAAAACAAUAAUGGUGCAUCACAAUGAGACACCGGAACCCUCCGACUCAUCACACGACCGUGUCAAACUGUCCACCGAGCUUCCCUGUCCUCGGCUGGCUGCUCAGACUCAUUUCCGCCCCUUUCGGGACCCGAAGGAACGUUCUCUUGUCACCCAGGCCACCCAAUAUCUGGGCAACAGUGGAUUUUACUGGGGUCCUCUGGAUGUCGAUGAAGCCCAUGCCCGGUUGGCAUCCUUGCCCACUGGUACAUUCCUCAUCCGGGACAGCAUGCAAACGGAUGUGUUCUUCACCCUCAGUUACUGUUCCCCGGAUGGUCCCACCAGCGUCCGGGUGCUCCUGAAGGACAGCGGAUUCGCUCUGGAUGGAAGCAAACAUACUUUUCCGUGUCUCUUCGAGCUGCUGGAGUUUUACAUGUCGUCACCCAAGAGGAGCUUGAAGCGGCCGUAUCGUGGCGCCGUGCCACAGAAGCUUCAGGAGCUGUGCAGGAAAGCUGUGGUACGAACGUAUGGCAAGGAGAACAUCGAGCAACUCCCUGUAAGCACUGUCCUUAAAGACUUUCUGCACUCAUAUCCAUUCGACAUAUGAAAUGGCGUGUGUCUGUCAACGUAAACCACUUAUGUAUUAAUAUUCAUAUUUUAUAGCAGCUAAAUGGAACCUAUUGUAAUAUUUUAUUGUCUCACCUUUUGUUACCAUCACGUGCACUACUACAGG